AUGGUGGCCGCGGAUGGUCACCAUAACGGCUGGCGCCACCUUGUUCUACCUAUCGCUCAUAUGGAUCCCUUAGUAUUGAAAUCCGUGCUCGCCGUUUCUUCGUUUCAUGUCACAAGGUCAAGGCUACACAACACGUCGGUGGUUCCGAUGCAGCUAUACGCAACAACAAUUCAUGAUCUAGGAAGACGACGUGACCUCGAAGCCCAUGAUCGUUCAAGUAAGAUUCGCACAUUAGUCGUCAUACUUGUCCUACUUGUUUCCGCCAUGGUGACAGGAUCGGAUGACUUCCCAAUGUUGUUUCGUCUCCUAGAAUCUGCACUGGCAACUAUUGGUGGAGAAGACUCUCUGGGACACGAUGAGCUUUCAGCCUUUAUAAUGCGCCAGGUUUACAAAUUACGCGUAUAUUCAGCUCCUCUUCUGAGCGAGGAUAGUGGCAUUCUGACUCUAUCUUCACGAAAGCAAGUCACUAGAGCAUUCGAAUGCAUGAAAUACUGCUCGCAGCAGCGACCAGAGCAUUCGGAGACAGUAUCGCGCAUUAUGAAUCUAGUUCAGCAGUCGCACAAUAUCUAUCUCCACAGAGCAGUCAGUCUUGAUAAUCACAUGAAGAAAUCUGUCGAGAGAGUGCAAUUGUUCAUCGAAACUUUCCAAUCAUUCCCCGCUGACUCACCAGGAAGAGAAGUGUUGGUUUGGGCAUUCUUUGUGGUAGCUUCAGGAUGCAUGACGGAUGAGCAUAAGGACUUUUUCAGAAUCACUCUACGUGAAUGUCACCAGAAGAGUCGUUUUGAGAACAUCUUAAAGGCUCUUAAUCAUCUAGAAAGAAUCUGGGAUCGUCAGCUCUUUGGACUUCGCUGGGCUUCUCAGCUCCCUGAAGCUCGUUUGCUCAUCAUGUAA